AUGCCAAACUAUACACGUGCCGGUAAAUCCAGUAAAUCGCCGGGAUCCUGCGAUCUCGGCUGCCCGACGCUGAGUCAGAGAACAUUCAGCUCGCCCGAGGGAAUCGCUUUCUGCCGCGACAUCGCGCGGAGGAGUCUGCCGCGGGACCCUCGCAUCUAUCAACUCGAAGGGGCCUGUAAGGCCCUAGAUUGCAUCGACGUGCUCGCUAUAACACCAACGGGCUCAGGAAAGACCGGCUUCUUGCUGAUCUACACGCUCGUUGCCCGAGCUAUCGCGAAGGACCGCGUGCUGUGUCCCGAAGGCCUCCGUGGUCGCUUCAAGGCAGACCCUCGUAUGGCAGCGGCGCGUCCCGCGAAGGUGCUGGAGCACGGCAUGGCGAGCAUUGUUAUGUUGAGGCAUUGUGACUAUCGUUCUGAAAUUAGCUGUCAGGCCGCGAAACAGGGGCGCAGCGACGUCUGGGAGAGGGCGCGUUCGAGCACAGCGAUCAUUCUGCUAUCUCCCGAACAGCUCCCAAACGAGAACUUCCAACGCCUCGUGGACGACAAGGCGUUCGCAGCUCGUAUCAUGGCGCUCGCUGUCGAUGAAGCCCACCUCUUGAAUAGCUGGGGCUCGCAGUUCCGACCUUCAUUCAAGCAUAUCGGACACGCCCGCGUGCGGUUCGCGAAUACCCCCGUUCCCAUUGCCCUCGCUGCGACCAUAUGUCCCGGCCCGCCGACGAACUCGGCACGCCAGUUCCUGGGCUUGUAUGACGGGCGACACCAUCUCAUUCACCGCUCGAAUGCACGCUACGACAUCCAAUGGCUCUUCCGUACCGCCCAAUCCGGGGUUAAUGGAACCCGUUGCCCUGGACCUGAGCUCGACUGGACUCUGCAGCCCCUCAUCGCGUCAUUAUCUUCUGCAAGACUAACGCACUUCGCCGCCAAGACGCAACCUACCCUUGCGAUGCUUCGACAGACCUUGACGAUCGCGCAGAUCGCAUCCGCUUAUACACGUCCUUAG